CGUACAAUACAAAGCUCAGCUACUUGGCACUAGUGUAUGUGCAGUUAGUGCUGGGCUGGCAGUCAGGGAGAGAGGGACAGAAACAGUGACUGCGUCUGCUGGACUGAUAUUUUACACAAUGGUGCCAGUCAGCACAAUAAACACUGAGAAUGGGAAAGUCUCCUGUGAGACUCCAGAUGGAACCGUGAUCAACAUCAACAUUAAUCAGCGAUCUGCCUUAGAUUGUCUGCUGGACACCAUCCGGGCACUCCGGAUCAAGGCAAAAUCUCCUACACAGACAAAGCCGACGAGAGGGACUGCUCAUGGGACGUCUCUUUGGCUCGGGGCUACCUUGAUCAGCUUGGGAUGUGUCUGCGUCAUGCUGGCUGUUAUUCUCUGUGUUGUGCAGCCAAGUCUGGCCAUCUACUUUACUGGGGCACACUUCUGGGUAGGAUUUCCGCUUAUUGUAUCUGGCGCGCUGAGUGUUGUGUCUUACAGAUAUCCAAAGGCAUGCUGGGAGGUAAUUGCCUUCAUCGGUCUCCUGGCCAGCCUUGGUGUUUCCAUUGCGGGUUUGGUCAUUAGUGUUGAUGAUGCCGGAUAUCACUAUGACGUCAUGAAUUCUGUCUGUGACAAUCUUCGCAAUGGGAGAAACGGCUAUGGCGGCUAUGACUACAGAGCUACAAGACCUCCCAGAGAUUAUGAAUACAACUGGGAUCUGGAUAGAUGCAAGCAGGGACAACGCCAGCUACAGAGCCUGUUGACUGGUUUGGGAGUUAUGACCCUGCUCCUGAUGAUUUGGGGUAUCUGCAUAUCUGUCAUUGGUCUGGGCUGUAGACUGAAAACUCUGUGUUCUGGCUGUACCUGUGAGAAGCCUGCUGAAGAGAAAGAUGAUCCUCUGCUGUCCGCUGACCCUACGGGUGAAAUACUCACUGUUUAGAGAGAAGAUGAUUUCUACGCACAUAUAAACUGCCAUAAUUAUCGUCUCCGUGACAUCAUAUAAAUCUUUGACAUUAUUAGGUCUUCUAUCAUGUUGAAAUGAAAUACUGCGAUGACCAGAUAUUUUAGCAAAACAUAUUACUGGUAUAGGUAUAAUUACACUUCUCUUUAGUUAAAGCUUUUUACUGGGGACAAACGUGCAGGUCAGGAAACAUUGGAGCCAUGCAUGUAAUAUGAUUGGUUGCUUUUCUGUACUGUCACUAUUAAAAUAUUUGUAUUCUCUGCCGUUGUGUGUGUAUGUAGUGUUGUGUAUGAUAUGCACUGGACUGUAGUACAUUACUGUAAGUGCAAUACUGUACAAGAGAGUCGUGUAUAAAAGAGCAGGAGUCUCCAGUAACCGUGGUCUGGGUAAAGCACUUAUUGCAAAGUCAAUACGUUUAUAACCAAAAUGGAGCUUCCAGGAUUAAUAUGACAAAUGCAACAGAAUAAAGAGAUUAAAAAGUU